AUGGAGACGGCGCGGGGCUCCGCGGCCUCCCUCACGCCGGCCGGACUGCUGGUCUUCGCCGGCUCCGCCGAGCGCGACGUGGCCUUUGCCAAAGCCUUCUGGAACUCGGUGACCCUGCAGCCCCCGCUGGAGUCCCGCCUGGGCCCCGCGGGGCCGCGGCCUCGAGAGACCCAGAGAAAUAUUGCUUUCCAGAUUCCACCAGGCAAUAACAAGAGUGAACAGAUAAUCUUGGAAGCUCACAAAGCUCAGAAAGCUGAAGAAAAAGAAAAAUAUCUUCAGAAGGCCAAGAGGAGGGAUGAAAUACUUGCUUUACUGUGGAAACAAAGAGAAGAGAGGAUCACAAAAGAACAGAUUUCUUGUCUACAUAAAUCAAAGACCAAAACACAUCAAGUAAGGGCAAAGAUAUCUGAUUCUGACAUUGAGGAUCAAGAAACAGUAAAAGCCCUUGAAUAGUUUGGUUAAGGUGACUGACUUGGAGAUUAAAGUCUUUGUCUCUUCACUUCAGAAUGAUAUCCUGCUAACAGGCCUAUUCAGCUUUGGAAUUUAAGCCACAUGCAUUCCUGCUUUCAUUACAUUUCUAGUUCUUCCUAUUGAGGCACGGGAUACUCUGCCCAAAGUUAUGGAUGAACUUGAUGGAGCAGAUCUUCA